AGCCCUCUCUCUCUUCGCCUUCGGAAAGAAAAUGAAGCCUAAGCGAUUACUUCCACUUCCUCUGUAAAACCCUAAUAAUCGUAUCCCUUCUUGUUUUUCUCUCUCCAACCGAAAAUUCUUUCUCUGAAAAAUUCGAUUGCCUCACUCUCUGAUUUGAUUGAUUGAAUUAACUUCAAUUGCUCCACAGACGAUAGCUUUUAUCUAUCUUCUAUCAAGAUCCGCUGGAGGCUGCGAAUGUGCUGUGAUUUUCUCGGGCUUGCUUUCUAGUCCAUUAAGGCUGGCUGGUAUCCGGGUUGAGUAAAUGGCGGAUCCGCCUGGUAUCCGCCUCUGCGCGCGUCGUCUUUUAGGAGAUAGCAGAGUCCUAGGUUGUCUUGUUCGGUUGUUGUUCUUAGGAUUGCAGUUUUGUGACGAUUGUAACGAGUGAAGCAUGCUGAGCGUGCUACGGGUGCACCUUCCCUCUGAUAUACCCAUUGUUGGAUGUGAGCUUACGCCGUACGUGCUCCUACGGCGACCUGAUAAGCCUGUUACCACCGACGAUGUGCCAGAGUCAGCCCCAAUAGACGGCCAUUUCCUACGUUACAAGUGGUAUCGUGUGCAAAGUGAUAAAAAGGUUGCUGUCUGUAGUGUACAUCCAUCUGAACAGGCCACACUGCAGUGCCUUGGUUGUGUUAAAGCCAAAAUACCUGUUUCUAAAAGCUACCAUUGCACACCAAAGUGCUUUUCAGAUGCAUGGCAGCAUCAUCGUGUCCUUCAUGAUCGUGCUGCAAGUGCUGUUAAUGAAAAUGGGAAUGAGGAAGAGGAGGUAUUUGGUCGCUUUAAUAGUUCUGGAUCUGGGGUAAUCAAUAAUAGCUUGUCUAGCUCUGCAUCAAGUGCUGCAUUGACAAAUGGGUCUGCACAGUUGUAUCCAUCAGCUGUUACACAACGAAGUGGUGGUGAAACUUGGAUUGAAGUAGGACGAUCAAAAACAUAUACCCCAACAGUUGAUGACAUUGGUCAUAUCUUAAAAUUUGAGUGUGCAGUAGUUGAUGCAGAGACAAAGCUUCCUGUGGGACAUGUCAACACUAUACUAACCUCCCGUGUCAUUCCUGCACCAUCGCCUAGUCCACGCCGCCUGAUACCUGUUGAUGGGAUGGGACCCUUAGAUGCUGAUGGACGCAUAACAUCUUCAGGAUCUUUUACUGUCCUAUCAUACAACAUUUUGUCUGAUGCAUAUGCGUCAAAUGAUUUAUACAGUUACUGCCCUUCAUGGGCUCUUUCUUGGCCAUACCGUAGACAAAAUUUGUUAAGAGAAAUAGUUGGGUAUCGUGCAGACAUUAUUUGCCUUCAGGAGGUCCAAAGUGAUCAUUAUGAAGAAUUUUUUUCUCCCGAAUUGGACAAACAUGGAUAUUAUGGUUUAUAUAAGAGAAAAACAAAUGAGGUAUAUGGUGGGAACAGCCAUAUAAUUGAUGGCUGUGCGACAUUUUUCCGCAGAGACAAAUUCUCGCAUGUGAAGAAAUAUGAGGUUGAAUUUAAUAAGGCUGCGCAGUCUUUAACAGAUGCCAUGAUUCCAACCACACAGAAGAAAACUGCUUUAAAUCGGCUUGUCCAGGAUAAUGUUGCUCUAAUAGUGGUUCUAGAAGCGAAAGUUGCCAACCAGCCAAUUGAUAAUCCUGGGAAAAGGCAGCUUCUUUGUGUGGCUAAUACACAUGUAAACGUUCACCAAGAUCUGAAGGAUGUCAAACUCUGGCAGGUGCAUACUCUUUUAAAGGGGUUAGAAAAAAUAGCUGCAAGUGCAGACAUUCCAAUGCUGGUUUGUGGAGAUUUUAAUUCAGUUCCUGGAAGUGCCCCUCAUGCACUUCUUGCAAUGGGGAAGGUAGACAACUUACAUCCUGAUUUAGCUGUUGAUCCUCUCAGUAUCUUGCGUCCCUACAGCAAGCUGGUUCAUCAGCUGCCACUGGUUAGUGCAUACUCUUCUUUUGCAAGAACAGUAGGUCUUGGCUUUGAGCAGCACAAAAGGAGACUGGACAGUGCGACAAAUGAACCCUUGUUCACAAAUGUCACUAGAGAUUUUAUUGGGACUCUAGAUUACAUCUUUUAUACAGCGGAUUCUUUGGUGGUGGAGUCACUGUUGGAGCUAUUGGACGAGGAGAGUUUGAGGAAAGACACAGCACUUCCUUCUCCCGAAUGGUCCUCAGAUCAUAUAGCUCUGUUAGCGGAGUUUCGUUGCUGCAAGAAUAGAUCUAGGCGUUGACAUGUAAAAGGUCUUUUCCAAAGACACGCAAAGAAAAAUGCUGGAAGAAGCGUUUGGUUGAUAAGUUAUUGUAAGGAUGGUAGAUCACGCCUUUGUCUUUCCCAGGUAUUAUCGUGUGGAAUCCUUUCAAUGAUCUGCAUUGUAUUAUGCCACCCGUCUCAUAGAAAAAAGAAAGCAUAAUUAUGCCUUAUUAAAUUGCAUCUUCUUUUUUGGUCAAAAAAAAAAAAUUGCAUCUUCUUUCAUCCCCAA